UUUGCGGGUGAUUAUUUGCGUGCGCUUUUUCUAAUGGCUUAAUAAGUAAAAAGAGAAAGUGCGCAAAGUACGGUAGGAGUUUCCUCUCCUUUGAGGGCAUCGCAGACUUGGAAAGAUGAAGGACCGACCAUAACACCCCUGCCACCAUCAUCCUGUAUACACCAUCCCAUCCCAUCCCAUGGUACCAUCCUAUGGGUUUGAGUCUGGUGAUGCUGCUGCGUCGGAUUGGGGGACUGAGGCGCACAUGGCGCACAGCCCCACUUAUCCUUGUUGGUUUGGCACUGUUUGUCUUCUACCACACCUCCAUAAUGGAACGAACAGGUUUCAAAACGGGACAAGAGGACCAAAAGAACAAGACUGCACUGAGGGACUGGACAUUCCUUCUGAAGCAUCCAGACCAACUCAUAUCUCUACUGGAAGCAUGGCAUGAUGAUGUGCCAUGGUCAAAGAGAAGUUGCACAGGAAAAGCUGUGUUGUUGACUGGGCAGUAUAUACCUUCAGAUACAGAAGUUCAGCUUUACCAGAGAGUGCUAGAGGAGCAGGGUUACCAAGUACACCAGGGACGCUACGCUGAAACCAGCGCUACCCUCUCACAAAACAAAAAAGAUGGUCAGGAGUGGUCUUUGCUGAUAUGUCUUAAGGGAGCAGAAAAAAGUUGCUUCAGAAAGAUUAACUUUGCCUAUUCACAGCCAUACCAGAAGGUCAACAUUAUACCAGCAUUUGUUGGGGCUUUUUUGGACAUGGGUGGAGUCUGUCGGUUUCUUAUGCAUAGCCACGGAUCAGACACGUCUUUACCCAUAAUUCCAUCUGCCUGUGCACCAUCCAGAACAGGACCACAAGGAAGUGCUUAUCAUACGAAUGAUAUCUGGAGUCUACCAGCCCGGUCAGUCUCCUCAGCUAGUCGAGGCCUGGUUGCUUUAGUAAAUGUGUAUGUCUUGGUAACGUCAUUGACACCCUUUACUGCAUUCCUGCACCAUACAGGCCUGGUCAAGACACACCUGGAUAAAAACAGUCAUGUCACCAAGUUGCAGGCAUUUUUUGGCAAGAUGUUGGAUCCUGCGCUGGCUCUUCAGGCUUCUGAACUCAUGAAGCAGGUCAUCAGUGAUGUUCUGACUGCAGCCGUUCUAACCACAGCAGAAUCUAACUUUUCAUCCAGGUGUCCACUGUGUUUCCAGCUGAUGACCUUCACAUUGCAUUACAAUUCUUCUAUACAUCCAGUAGUGGUUAAGGUGCAGACUGAUCUUCAUUUUGAUGGAAUGAAGGAUUCAAACUUUGAAGGACAAAUCACGAAAGAGUACAUAUUAGAAGAUAUGCUGAAGCUGCUCUUCCCAGCAUGCAGCAGUGAGGACAGAUCUCCAAGUGCUGGAGAUGCUGCUGAAACGAAGUUCAAUGGCUGUGAAGGGUUGAGCAGUUGUUUAUCAGUGGAUGAAAUGCAGUUCCUGCUUCAGUUUUAUCAGCAGCUCAGGGCAUCAGACAGCUUUUAUCUGCUGUAUCCCAGAACACCUUCUUUGUCCGAUCACCCAUAUGAUCAUUUAACAUUCUCUCAGGCAGAGAAUUUCAGGAAGGUUCCAGGUGUUUCAGUGCUAAUCGAACAACUGAGCACUUUCUAUACACAGAAAAAACCCACAAAGAGCCUGGGACAUACCACAAUACCAGAUUCACCAGAAUCAGAAAGCUGUGUAAGGCCACAUCUCCGACAGCUGUAUACUGAUCCUCCACUGGUUCUGUCUCCAUUUUUCAACCCCUGGGUGAAGGAGUAUCGAGCUGAAGUACCGUUUGAUGUAAUCACAAUAUGGAUCAGACCGGAACCUGUAAACCCAAAUUGUCGGGUUCACCUGGAUGAACAGCAUGGCCCCAGAAUGGCAAACCUUCCUCUCGGUCUGGGCAACAGCCGUAUCAAUAUUUUGCUGAUGGACGAGUCAGGGACCGAGCCUGUUGUCAUGACGAUAUAUACCCUGCACAUAUUUCGGGAAAGCCGGCCCAGUCUGCCAAUGUUUGAGGAGUAUGUGAUGUGCGGCUUUGUACAGGACUGCAGUUUGGUGGUCAGGCCUGAUCAGCCCUGCGGUCUUCAGCCUGUUUCUGGACUCAGAUCUGCACAUGAGCCUUGUUCUUCAGGAGAUGAACCUGGGCGCUGGGUGGUACCAUGCUUAAGCUGUUCAGACAACAGGACGUGUGAUUGGCGUGAGGUCACCUGGCAACCAGACGGCUGUUACCACCCUGUUUUGGAGCAAGCACAGCUGCAGCAAUGCAUGAUGGACAAGAAGGUCCUGUUCAUCGGCGACUCCACUAACCGGGGGAUGAUGUACUACCUGAUGGAGCGAGUAAACACUACUUUGGAAUAUUGGGACAAGGCUCAUGAUGUUAUCCAGUAUGACAGCCUGAAUCAUGGUCGAACACUCAUCAGCUACUCAUACUAUCCACAGUUCUGGCUCCACAGGAGCCAGAGACCCACCUUCCAGCAAGCACUGGAACAGCUCAUACAAAGGUCACGACCUCUGGAAAACUCCCCUCAGACAGUGCUGGUUGCUGGAGGGGUUCAGUGGCUCAGUCUAGAGCACCUUAAAACCAUGAAGCAGGUGCUGAAGAGAGAGAAGCUGCAAAAUAUUGUGGUGGUGGUGAAAUCUUUGGGAAUGGGCUUUCAUCUACCAGUGGAUGGCAUUCAUUCUCUGUCUUUGAAAGGAAUCCAGGAGCUUUAUGGUGUGAAUAAAAACAUUCUGGAAAACGCAAAGCGAAUGGGGUUUGAGGUGAUCAACACUUUUAGCAUCACCAUGGGCCGCUAUAAGGAGUUCCUGCAAGGCCGCUGUGCCUGCCAUUUCCAUGAGGUUAGUAAGCCAUCAACGCCCACAGUGCCUGCCCACAAGAGGCUGCAGAUAGUGAGCCAUACUGGAGGGAGUGUGAGUUCGACAAGUACGUCACCAGAGCCAUCAUCCAGACCCAGCUCGUCCUACCACGUGAAGGGAACAGUGAACGAAGUCUACUCGGAAAUUCUGCUGAGCAGAUUGUGCAGACAUUAUACUCACAACAGGACACGUAACCAAGACUGAAGGACAUCUGUAUCUGGCAUCACAGAUUGGUGACAAGUUAAAAAACAAAAUAACAAGCAUAUUUUUUUAAAAGGUUAAUGCAUAAUACAGUUAAGCUGUUAAUAUCCUACUAUUCUAUUAAGUG